AUGGCACAUCACCAGAAACACCAAACAGAUGCCCGCAGAAGAAGCUCGGCCAUGCAGAGCUUACUGAAGAUCUUCAAUCUGUCCAACGCUCCCACGGUUCCUCUCGACGACGAUGAAUCCAAUGGGGACGCAGAUGAACCACCUGACGAUCAAACGUCACCUCCGGGCACUCAAGCUACUCGAUACACCUUGUAUAGCAGAUCUAUGGCUCCUCCCAACGCCCGCCGUGAGUCUCUCUUGACUCGUGCCAUUAUGGCUGAGUCCAAGCACGAGGAGAUCUCUCCCAGAUCCACAGCCGCUCCCCGUGGUCUCUCGGCGACGUCUUCACACAGCACAGCUAGCAUGACCUCCACUGCAGAAUUGACAAGCGACGAGGAUGCGAAAAGUUCUCCUCGAUCUGCCACGCCCAGUCCACCACCUCCUCCAGGUCGCUUCCAUAACCUUCUCAACCCGAAGAAAUCUAGUCCUCCUCCGUCAAAGGUGCUCAUUGCACCCAUAACUAAAGACGACAAACCCGCGGUUGCAGACGUCGGUGAGGCCGCAGUUGAAAAGACUCUUGGCCGGAAACGCUGCAUUAUGUUUGCUUGUGGAGGAACUGAGCCCGAGAAGAGCAGAAAUAGCAUAUCGUUAUCAAAGGAGACGAGUCCUGCUGAACUAGAGGGACCCCAACGGAAAUCUGCCCUCACUUUCGCCUGUCCUGCUCGAUCCAACGCCGGCGGAAUGAAAAAAUCUCCCUCCCAGCCGUGCGUCGAAGCCAAGGCCCAGCGUCGCCCAUCCCCGGCACCCAUGGUGAGACGGAAAUCGAAUGCGGAAGCGGUCGAUCUCUCUGGUCGAUCAGCGGACACAGCCAAGUUAACGACUUCCGAUGGAUCUAGACCAAACUCGCCCUCUCCCAAGGCUACAUUCCAUGAAUUUGGCAGCUCUCAUGACGAGACUGAUUCAUGGAUUGACCGACCAAGCAUUCAUCAGGAAAAACUCACUUUCGAUGAUUGCAUGAGAAAGGAGAACCGUAUCCGUCAAAUUGGUCGAGAAGUGGAGGAAGAGGCCGAGGAGGAAGAACGCGAGCAAGAAGAACUUGAAGAUGAGUUCGACGACAAUGAGAACGAAGACGACUUUGCUCCAUCCGAUGACGCUUCGGACGGUGGCAAUGAAUCCGAUGACGAAGGAGGUUUCGCCAGCUCGGACGAUGAAAGUGAUGCUGGUUCCGAGUAUCAAUUCUGGGCUCCCUCGGCUACCAGCGCUGCUGCUAGCGUGGAGCAUCUCAACAUUGGUCACUUCAGCUCACGCCGACAAUCAGACGCCAGCUCGAUUGAGUCCUUGACUCAUGUGGGAAGCCCUCCUCUUCAUUCUAUGAGAUGGCAUGUCGGCAAAAGCCGCCACCAUGCCUCGUCGAAGAUACCGAAAAUGAGACCUGGAACUCCGGAGUUGCCAGACAGCACUGAUUUCGUCUGUGGAACCCUAGAUGAGGACCGUCCAUUGGAGGCGGCAUAUAUAUCGUGUCGCGAACAAAAGAAAAGAGCCAAACACAUCCCGAUCCCUCAGGAUAUUGACCCGAGCUUCCCCACAACGGAUCCCGAUGACAACGAAGAGAAUAGUGAUGAGGAAGACAUCGACGAGUCACAGCAUAGCUCUGGCGGACCUCGAUGGCUCAAGGACCAAUUCGCCGGCUUCGAGGACGAGACUCGUGGACAUCUAAAGUCACCAAUUCUCUCACCUCCAGCUCGUCCUCCUACAUCACCCCACCACAUGACCAUUGCAGCGAGACAGGAUCAUCGUCGUGGAAACCAUCGCUCGCCACCAUCUAAGCAUAUGAUUACACGUUCACCAGCGCCUGCUCGCAAACUCUUUGGUCAUUCACCCACGAGGGUAAGGUCACCCCCGCCACCAGCGAAACUUCGGUCACCCCGCGGUUCACCUACGAAUGUGACUGUCCCUUACGGCAUUGGAACAAAAGGCCUUGCGCAACGCCCAAACAUGGAACGAACAGCAUCUCUCCCGGAUACCCCGAAUCCAUUCUUCCGAAACUUCAAGAUUGGAAGUCCUUCCAUUCCCAACAUUGCUUCUGGAGCGGUUACUCCCGCCGCCGAGGAACCCCCUCGGCCCGACAUGCAUGUUCGCGGACCUGUCGACAUUGUCAUCGGUCUCGAGAAGAAACGCCAGAAACGGAAAGAAAAAUACUGGCGUCAACACUGUCGAAAGGCAGCCAAAGAACAAGCGGAACGAAAACCUAUACCUGGGCGUGGUGCCGAGAGAAUGAGAGAGCUCGGUCUUGAAUGCGCUGAACGGACAAAAGGAUACGGUCUUGGCCAACAAACACAACUGGUGCUCUCGCUUUGA